AGUGAACUCCACCCCCCUCCUGCAAAUCUGCAAUUCUGAAAAAUGGCUGAGCUCUUGAGGACAACCUACCCUUACAAUAUUGUUGGUCUCACUGCUGUUGCUGGUAUUUCACUUUAUGCUAUCAGGAGAUACUUUGGAGGAGGCGUGUGCUACUCCAAAGCUAGACUGGAUGGGAAGACUGCCAUCAUCACUGGAGCCAACACUGGUAUAGGUCUGGAGACUGCUGUUGACUUUGCUCAGAGAAAUGGGAGGGUCAUCUUGGCCUGUCGUAGCAAGGACAAGGGAGAGGCUGCUGUGGAGCUAGUCAAGAAGAGGAGCGGAAACAAUGACGUGUUGUUCAUGCAAUUGGAUCUGUCUUCCCUGGAAUCUGUUCGAAACUUUAGUGCUCGUGUUCUAGACAGCGAGGCACACAUUGAUAUUCUUGUGAACAAUGCUGGCGUGAUGGCCUGCCCCUAUACAAAAACUGCGGAUGGUUUUGAGAUGCAAUUUGGUGUGAACCACCUCGGUCAUUUUCUACUCACCAACCUUCUCCUCGACCGAAUGAAGGAAGCCCCAUCUGCUCGAAUUGUCAACGUCUCGUCUAGUGCACAUAGAAGAGGAAAAAUAAACUUGGAUGACUUAAAUUCAACAAAGGAUUACAAUUCAUGGGGUGCAUAUGCUCAAAGCAAGCUGGCUAACAUUCUCUUUACUCGGUCACUGGCAACACGUCUUGAGGGAACCAACGUGAUUGCUAAUGCUCUGCAUCCUGGAGUCAUCAAAACAGAGCUGGGAAGACACAUAAACGUCUUCUUACGUGCCGCAAUGACACCCUUAAUUCUGUUUUUGAAGACAACAUGGCAAGGAGCCCAGACGUCCAUCUACUGUGCUGUGUCUGAGGAAAUGGAGGGAGUCUCUGGUCAGUUCCUAGCAGACUGCAAGAUUGUGAAGUCUGCUAACCCUCUGGCAUUGGAUGACAACCUUGCUGAGAGGCUCUGGGAAGUUAGCUCUGAGAUGGUCGGACUAAAUAAUUAGCCUCUCUAAGCAAUUCCUGUAGAGAUCUAACCUAUAAAAGUUAUUAUUGAAUUUAGAAAGCAACAUUUAUGUUAUUUGAUCUGAUAAUAUUAUUGUAUUAUACUUUA